GGGGGGGCAUACGAGCACUCAGUUGCUUUGCCUGCUACAAUCGGUGAAUACAAUCUGCUAGGGCGGGCAGUCCCGUCUUAUCUUAGUGUAGCUACGGUGUAACGUAUCCGUUAUAUAUUUGUCUUUCCUGGACUUUAAGGAGCGCUAUCAAGGGAUGUCAAAGCGAGUACGAAGCAGAGAGGUCUGCGCUGAUUGCAGUGCUCCGGAGCCACGCUGGGCCUCUGUCAACAGGGGUGUGUUGAUUUGCGAUGAGUGCUGCAGCAUCCAUCGAGGUCUGGGGCGACACAGCUCUCAAGUCCGACAUCUGACUCAUUCUUCGUGGCCACCCUCCCAGUUACAGAUGGUCCAGACACUGUAUGGCAAUGGAGCUAAUUCCAUAUGGGAGCAUAGCCUUCUGGACCCUUCCUCCUCAGUGAGUGGGAAGCGCAAAGCCAACCCCCAGGACCGAGUACAUCCGAACAAGACAGAAUUCAUCAAGGCCAAAUAUCAGAUGUUGGCGUAUGUCCAUCGGAUGCCUUGUCGGGAAGAUGACAGUGUAACCGCAAAAGACCUCAGCAAGCAACUCCACUCCAGUGUUAGGACCGGAAAUCUGGAGACCUGCCUAAGACUCUUAUCUUUGGGAGCACAGGCCAACUUCUUCCAUCCAGAGAAAGGGAACACUCCACUACACAUAGCAGCAAAGGCAGGACAAAUGUUACAAGCAGAACUGUUGGCAGUUUAUGGAGCUGAUCCCGGGGCUCUGGACUCCAGUGGAAAGACCCCCAUUGAUUAUGCAAGACAAGCUGGGCAUCAGGAGCUGGCAGAGAGGCUAGUGGAGAUUCAGUAUGAACUCACUGACCGGUUAACAUUUUACCUUUGUGGUAGAAGACCAGAUCACAGAAACGGGCAACACUUCAUCAUUCCACAGAUGGCAGACAGCAGCCUGGAUUUGUCAGAGUUUGCAAAAGCUGCAAAAAAGAAGCUCCAGUCGCUAAGUAACCAUCAGUUUGAAGAACUCGCCAUGGAUGUUUAUGAUGAAGUUGACAGAAGAGAAACAGAUGCAGUGUGGUUGGCCACUCAGAACCACAGCACACUCGUAACAGACACCACAGUUGUGCCUUUUCUGCCUGUCAAUCCAGAGUACUCAUCUACCAGAAACCAGGGUCGUCAGAAAUUGGCGAGGUUUAGUGCUCAUGAAUUUGCCACCCUGGUUAUUGAUAUUCUAACUGACGCUAAGCGACGGCAGUGGGGUAACUCCUGCGACAGUCCCAAAGAAAAUGUGGAGCUGAUCCUUCAGGGAAUGAACAGUCGCCACAACAGUGAGAGCCAGGACAAUGACCAGCCUGAUUAUGACAGCGUGGCAUCAGAUGAAGAUCCAGUGCAAGAGGCCACCUGUGGGGACAGCUGCAACGAUGGAAGGACCAAGAGCUCAGAGUCGUCUGACCUUUCUGACGGACCUAUAACGGUGCAGGAAUUUAUGGAGGUGAAGAGUGCCCUCACUGCAUCUGAAGCCAAAAUACAGCAGCUUCUUAAAGUCAAUUGUCACCUCAGUGAGGAGCUGCGGUCGAUGCAGAGCAAGCUGAACUCCCUGCAGACUGAAAACACAACACUGCGAUGGCAAACCCCCAGCGGACAACAACACCUCCAGGGGCCCUUUGGUCGACACCCACCCCGCGGAGGUCGCGCCAUGUCCAUGUACGAGACAGGCUCCUCUCCGAGGCAGUACCCCAACCGAGUCGAAACAGCUCGGCAUGAGGACGGAGUCAUUUUACAACCCUUCCCGACCAAUAUUGGGAGGGGUCCUUUGGGGACGGCUGCUUCCUCCCUCCCUACCUUCCCCUCUUCCCUGUCCUGGUCGUGGGAUGAGCGAUCUCGAAGGGGCUGCAGUCUGGAAGGACAGAGUAUCAUGCUGGAGAAUGAUUACGACACUACGCCCAACCACUCUGAACUGGAGGAGACUGGCAGCCCUCUUCCAGCCUCUGAAGCAGUAGAGCCUGGGGAGGAGGCUGAGGAAGAUGCCACCCUGCCAUGCACAGAGGACGUCAUCUGCAAGACAGAGCAGAUCACUAAGAAUAUACAGGAGCUUCUGAGAGCUGCCCAGGAGACCAAACAUGAAAGCUUCCUGCCUUGUUCAGAGAAAAUCUGCAUGGCUGUGACAGAGAUGGCCGCCCUGUUUCCCAAGAGGCCGUCCUCGGAGACCGUGCGAGGGUCUCUGUGUCUGCUCACUUCGAGCGCCAGCCGGCUCCACGGAGAGUGCCAGAAGGCCGCGGAGCACAACCCCUGCCCAUCGGACAUCCAGCUGGUCACUCAGCAGGUCAUCCAGUGCGCAUAUGACAUUGCCAAAGCCGCCAAGCAACUUGUCACUGUGACAACCAAAGAAAACAACAACUAACUAAAAACCCAAAGACAUUCCUAAAACCAGUAUAAUUUAUUAUCAAUGAUGCUCCUAAUUUCAACUAAAUCAGUGUUAACACCAUCUUUUUGUUUUCCCAAAUUAAUCAGUGUAAGCAUUUCCGUACAUUCCUUUAAAAAAAAAAAAAGAUGCAAAAUUACAGGUCAAUCAAAACAUGUAUUUAUUAUGUUGUUUUUGUAUCAUGGUAAUCAAACAUCUUUAUGCUGUAGGACAGAAUCUGUUACUAUUCCUUCCCUCACAAACAGAUAAUCCACAAAAAAUCCAACAGUACAAUGUUGUGUAUAUACAAAGCAAUUAGAACAAGAAGCAGAUGAGCCUCCUACAUUGUACUUGUCCAGACAGAGGUCAUCAUUUGUGCUCCUUGAAGUUGGGUGUCUGGCAUGGCUGAGCUGCCUGAGGGGACAAAAGUCUGCGAGACACCUGGCGUCAUGGAUCAGAAUAGAUUAACCUUAAUCUACACCACUGACAUCAUUUUUUUUAUUUUCCUUUUAGUCAUUUUUAAAUGUUUUUAAGAUGCAAUGACAGUAUUUUAAUCUCGAACCAUUGUGACGCCACUUGCUUAGAGUUAAACGUUUGUUUAGUGAGCAAACUGUGAUUAUAAAAGUAGCUUCAGUGCGUCGAGCACCGCGUAAGGCCAGCAGUACCAAGAGUGUGCAAACCUUCAUUCCAUCCAGCAGCUCCAGCAGGUGAUUCCACUGUUCAGUAAAGUAUCAGUAGUUUUUGGAGUUGAAAUGUUACAGCCAUACUUCUGAUGUUGUGUGCGUGGGUGUGGGUGUGUGUGGGUGUGUGUAUGCGUGUGUGGGCGCAGUUGUCACAGAAAUGGCCUGGAUGGCCCGUGUGAAAUCCAUUUUGAAUCAAUUUUAAUAGCAUUAUGCAAAUAUAUAAGAUGUAUGUAUCAAUGUAAGUCUUUAUCAAAAUAACCCAAAUGCUAUUCUAUUUAUAAACUGUAUGUCAUACC